AUGACAGAGGUGUCUUUCGCAAGGUCCUUCCUCUCGGCCCUCGAUGCCCGGCCUAUAAAGAUAUCCGCCGACCAUGUCGAGGAUCCAAGAAACUACCCAGCUCGGGCUGCUUAUACGCUCCCAAAGAUGCCCCGACCUAUGAGCAAGCCCAACUCAUCACGUCCCGGUGCCGACGGCUCAGCGUCUUCAACACAGCCUGCACCUGGGAGCGAGCGUUCUUACACCGUCCAGCUGGUUUUCGUCCGGAAUCCACCGCUUGAUAUCACGUUACUGGCCCAAUCCAUCAACACCUCCGUGCUCGACCUCAAGACCGCCGUCGUGAACAAGACUGGUCUCCCGCUAGACAAGAUCAAGCUUCUCCACAACAAGAAGCCCGUUGCCGACAGCAAGAUCCUCAAAGAUGUACUAGGUGCCGAGGCUGCCGCCUCAGCAACCAAGGUCGAGUUUGGCAUCAUGGUCAUGGGAGGCGCGGCGACACUGGCCGCGGCUGAGGCGGCGAAGAACGCCGGAGCAGGUGGUGGUGACGUGGCCCAGGGUCCUAGCGGGGAAGAAGUGCUCGAAACCGCCGAAUUCUGGGAUGACCUGCGUGGGUUUCUUCUUCAGCGAAUCCGGGAUGAGAAGGCUGCUGGGGAACUUGCGGACACAUUCCAAGCCGCAUGGAAGUCCAAGAGGUAG